AUGGAGUUCAACCAGACGCUGAUGACGGAGUUCGUCCUGCAGGGGUUCUCGGAACACCCUACACUGCGGCUGCCGCUGUUCGGUUGCUUCCUGGUGCUCUACACCGUGGCUCUCACUGGCAACGCUCUCAUCAUCACCGUCGUGGGUUGCAGUGGUGGCCUUCACAGCCCCAUGUACUUCUUCCUGUCCAACUUGGCCACCAUGGACAUCAUCCUUACCUCUACAAUCCUGCCUAAGGUGCUGGCUGGUCUCACCACGCAGAGAAACAUCAUCUCCUAUGCGGGCUGCAUGGCCCAGCUCUUCUUCCUCCUCUGGGCCUUGUCCUCUGAGUUGCUGCUGCUCUUGGUCAUGGCCUUCGAUCGAUAUGUGGCCAUCUGUCGUCCACUUCACUAUAGUACCAUCAUGAGCCCGCAGUUGUGCGUGGCACUGGCUGUGGGCGUUUGGGGCAUCUGUGCCAUAAACGCUUCUGUUCACACUGGUCUAAUGGCUCGGUUGAAUUUCUGUGGCCCCCGUGUCAUCUCGCAUUUCUUCUGCGAGAUCCCACCACUGCUGCUCCUCUCUUGCAGCCCCACGCGGAUCAACAGCAUCAUGACAGUCGUGGCUGACGGCUUCUAUGGUUUCACCAACUUCCUGCUCACUCUCGUCUCCUAUGGUUGCAUUGUGGCUAGCAUCCUGCGCAUUCGCUCCGCUGAGGGCAAGCGCCGCGCCUUUUCCACCUGUUCCUCCCACCUCAUCGCAGUUUCUGUGUCCUACACAGCAGUGUUCUGUGCCUACAUCAGCCCGGCCUCCAGCUACAGCCCUGAAAGGAGCAAAGUGGCAGGGGUGCUGUAUACAGCAUUGAGUCCCACCCUGAAUCCCCUCAUUUAUACACUGCGGAAUGCGGAGGUCCAGCGCGCCCUGAGCAAGCUCCUCCCCUUCUGUCGAUGGUGA